AUGUUAAUUUAUUUGUUGAUAUUUCUGGUGGUGUUGUUUUGUUUAGGAGUCGUUAUUCAUUUUUCAUUAGAUAAAAAAAUAGUAUACAAAGAUUUGAAAGGGAAGCAUGUUGUAAUAACUGGUGGUUCUAGUGGAAUAGGAAAAGCUGCAGCAAUAGAAGCAGCAAAACUUGGAGCACACGUAACUAUUAUCGGGCGUGACGUGUCUAAACUUACCGAGGCUGUGAAAGAAGUUACCGCGGCUUGCACAGACAGCAACCAGAAAACACAACACGUCGCAUUGGAUGUCACCUCUGAUUAUAAUGUCAUAGAAGAAUGUUUUUUAUCUUUAGAAGAAACCGUGGCUCCAAUAUUUAUGUUGGUAAACUGUGCCGGUAUGUGCAUUUGCGGUCAGUUCCAUAAGAUGCAGGUAAAUGCCAUAAAAAAAAUGGUAGAUUUGAAUUAUUUUGGAACUGCAUAUCCUACUCGUUGCGUUUUGCCAGGAAUGAUAAAAAGAAAUGAAGGUUUGAUUGUUUUUGUCAGCUCUGAAGCAGCGUUUAUAGGUAUAUAUGGGUACAGUGCUUACAGUGCAGGCAAAUGGGCUGUCCGUGGAUUAGCUGAAUCUGUGAAUAUGGAACUUGUUGGCACUGGAGUGAAGCUAAUGACGGCUUUCCCUCCAGAUACUGAUACCCCAGGUUUAAAAAAUGAGGACCUUACAAAGCCAGAAGAAACCAAGCUUAUAUCAGGUUCUGGAGGAUUACAUUCUGCUCAUGAUGUUGGGAAGAAAAUGAUCCAUGAUGCUCUCGUUGGUAAAACAUACUCUGUGUACAGUGUGUCUGGAACGUUACUCUCAACAUUGUUUGGUGGCACUAUAGAAGACGCUAAACAGGUUGUUCUACAAGUAUUUUCUAUGGGGAUACUAAGAAUCGUAAUGGUUGGAAUAUUACUGUCCUUCCACAAUAUUGUCAGAGAUGGUCUUAAAAAGAAGUUCUCUACAAAAAAUAGAUAA